CCUAUGUAAUAUACACUUUUUCAUGUUUGCGGACCUGAAGGACACGUCAAAACAAGUGUUAGAUUAGUGAGCCGUUCCGAUAAACUGCUCUUAUACAACAUUUUUUGCAUCUCGUCUCCCGAUGUUUUGCAUCCUAAUAAUAUAAAUAGUUAAAAAUAGUUAGCUGCAAAAGAUGAGUAACAUUUAUAUACAAGAACCUCCUACAAUUGGAAAGGUACUUAUGAAGACUUCUCUUGGUGAUAUUGACAUUGAACUCUGGUCAAAAGAAGCACCAAAAGCAUGCCAGAAUUUUGUACAACUUUGUAUGGAGGGCUACUACAACAAUACUAUAUUCCAUAGAGUCAUAAAAGGUUUUAUUGCUCAAGGAGGAGAUCCAACUGGGACAGGAAGUGGCGGAGAAUCUGUUUUUGGAAAACCUUUUAAGGAUGAGUUUCAUCAACGUCUUAAAUUUAAUCGUCGAGGUUUAGUUGCUAUGGCAAAUGCAGGUCCAAAUGAUAAUAACAGUCAGUUCUUCUUCACACUUGAUCGUGCUGAUGAGUUAAAUAAAAAGCAUACAAUAUUUGGAAAGGUUACUGGAAACACUAUUUAUAAUAUGAUUCGUUUUAAUGAAAUUGAUGUCGAUAGCAAUGAUCGCCCACUAUCUCCUCCAAAAAUUAUUUCUACUGAGGUGUUAUCUAAUCCAUUCGAUGAUAUUGUACCUCGUAAGAGAAAGAAAGAAGUUAACGAAAUAAAUGAUUCAUCAAAAAUUAAGAGCCAAUCAAAAGCAACAAAAAAUUUUAAACUUCUUUCAUUUGGAGAAGAGGCUGAAGAAGAUGAAACAAAUGAGUUAGCUAAUAAUCAGCGCAUUGUAAGUAGCCACGAUUUGCUGAAAGAUCCUAAAUUGAGUUCUGCACCUGCUGUUCUUUUAGAUGAGGAAACUCAAAGAGCAAAGGAUGAUGAAGUCACGGCAAGUAUUCGCAAAAAAUUAAAAAAAGAUUCUGAUUUAAAAAAAGAUUCAGUUGUUGUUGUUGAAGAUUUAGGUUUAAACAAAGCAAAGGAAGACCGUCGGAAAUUGUUACAAAAAGAAGUGAAGAAAUUAAAACGUGAUUUAAUAAAAAAUGAGAAAGAAGUUCCACCUGAGACAAGCACAAUAAAACCAGAAAAAGAACCAGUUAAUGAUCUCAUGGCUCAACUUGCAACAGAACGCAAAGUAAUGUUGAAGAGGAAAAAAGAGGAGGCUAUAUUAAAAAAGAAUGGUGAUGGGCGUGAAAAAGAAACAUUACAAUUGCUAGCUAGUUUUUCGUCAAAAAUUACAGAUGUUUUGAAUUCUUCAGAUUUACCUGAGGAAGAAUCCUGGAUGAAUCAUAAACUUAAGUUUGAAGAUAAUGAAGAAAGAGCAAAGGAUGCCAAUAUGAAAGGAGAUGAUUGGUAUGACAUCUAUGAUCCAAGGAAUCCUAUUACUCAGAGAAGACGUGAAAAAUCGAAAAAAGCAAAAGAUGCUAUCAAAGACAAGUAUAAUGUGACAUAAAAAGACAUUUGUUUUGUUAAUUAAACAGCGAUAUCUUCCUCAUUUUUCGACGCAUUUUUCUGACCAGAAUGUGAUUGAUUAAUUUAAUAUAUGGUUUGUUAAAA